AUGGACAACGAUGACGACAAAGAUGUCGAUUCUCAGGAACUCCGAAGUAAGACCCAAGAACUUGUUGAAAUUAUGCAACUAAAACAAAAAGGACUCACCAAGUGUUUGCAAGAAACUUUGGAGGUUUUAAACAGCUCUCAAGAUUUCAUCUUUGAGGAAACAACCAUUGUUGACAAGAGCCUGGAUAUGGGUCAUGUGACGGGCAUAAGCCAGGACAUGUGGGUCCAAUCCUACGACUUGGCCCAGCUGGACACAGCCAAGCAAAAAUUGGUUGCACUUGCCAAACGUCAUCCUAAAAAGCACAACCUUAAAUCCUCUGGCUAUGACUCAAUGUUUGAAGUGCAAGAUGAAGAUGCUGUCCAGGGUGUCUGCUACUUGGGUGUCAAUGCCCAUGUGGCAGCCACGAGUUCAGCAUAUCAGGACCCCACCCAGUUUGAACCCAGCAGCAAUGAUACAGUGAAUAAUUUUGAAGAUUUCGAUCCACAGGUUGGUUCAGCAUUUGUCGAAUAUCCAUCUAGCGGGGAACUGGAAACUCAGCAGAGAAUAACUCCAAACUCUGUUAAGCGGCGCCGUAUUAUUGACAAAAAUGUCAAAGUCCAUUCUGGAGGAAUUUUGGAGAGAAUCGAGCAGGAACAUGAUCUAGGAUUAGGUCUUAAUUAUAGCUAUUCUGGUAUCGGCUCGGACUCUGAUAGUGUUGGCGAAGCAGUUUCCAUGUCCGACUCUGAUGAGCCGGACUAUGAUAAACAUGGGGAAAGAUAUCAACAAGGUUUUUCACAUGAUAAAUUAUCUGCGAGUUCCAAUGCAAGGACAAGGACCUCCAUCUAUGAAGAGAUCUUGGGUGAUCCAGGAAAUAUUAAAAGACCCGAGAAAUUGGCUUUGAAGCGGGCAGAACAGGAUAAGGGCAGAUGGCAAACAAUGCAGACAACAAUAGAUGAUCGAUGCCCUAGCAAUCAGUGUCUGAAAUCAAAGGAAUACAAAUUGCUUGGUUAUGAUUGGAUAGCUUCAGUUUUAGACAACAAAGAAGAGGCGUCCCUGGAAAUUUCUGAUGACUAUUUUGAAGAAUUAAGAGAAUUCUGGAAGGAGCAACAGGGUCGAUCAAUUAAUGACAAGAAAUUUGUGGAUGAUUCUGAUGAGCACCAGUUGAUUCAGGACAUUUUAGCUGAAUCAAAAAUCCAAUCAUAUCAAAUAAACAACCGUUUGUUUCCUGAGCUUGUACGAAAAAAGAAAAUUUCUGGUAAAGAAACGGAAGAUUGUCUCGGCAUUGAAAAUAAACAGCCUGCAUUUGUUUCUCCGAGAUAUGUCAGUGUUACAGUUCCAAACAAUACUGUCAAAGUGAGUUCAACAACGAGAUCCCAUCGUAGAGGCAGUGUGGAUUCUUCGGAAACUCUUUCUCUUGGCAAGCAUUGUGUUAUGGGUUGGGAAUCAUCACGUCUGAAUGUUCCUCCAACUGGCACCACCCUCAGUAUGAAAGACGCUACUUCAGUUUCGAAAACCAAACAAGUCCUGACAUUAGAAGAGGCUGAGGAACUUGCCAGUGGCAAUCGGCGAAGAGAAUUCUCAAGAUAUUUUGCUGACAAAACGAAUGUUCUUCCCAGAUGCAAAUUUGAUUUGUCAACUGACCCAAGUUUGCCUCCUGAAAAGAAUAUUGCAAAAGGCAAAAGGGGGCUAUCUAUCUAUCUAUGUCUGGUCAUAUCUAUCUCUCUGAAGAAGAUCUAUCUAUCUAGGAAGAAUCUAUCUAUCUAUCUAUCUAUCUCUAUGUUCUUUGCAAAUCUAUAUCUAUCUAUCUAUCUAUGUUUCUGGUCAUAUCUAUCUAUUCUAUCUAUCUAUCUAUCUAUGUCUCUCUGGUCAUAUCUAUCUAUCCUAUCUAUCUAUCUCUGGUCAUAUCUAUCUAUCUAUCUAUCUAUCUAUCUAUCUAUGUCUCUGGUCAUAUCUAUCUAUCUAUCUAUCUAUCUAUCUAUGUCUCUGGUCAUAUCUAUCUAUCUAUCUAUCUAUCUAUCUAUGUCUCUGGUCAUAUCUAUCUAUCUAUCUAUCUAUCUAUCUAUCUAUCUCUCUGGUCAUAUCUAUCUAUCUAUCUAUCUAUCUGUCUCUGGGUCUCUAUCUAUCUAUCUAUCUAUCUAUGUCUCUGGUCAUAUCUAUCUAUCUAUCUAUCUAUCUAUGUCUAUCUAUCUAUCUAUGUCUAUAUCUAUCUAUCUAUCUAUGUCUCUCUGGUCAUAUCUAUCUAUCUAUCUAUGUCUCUGGUCAUAUCUAUCUAUCUAUCUAUCUAUGUCUCUCCAUGGUCAUAUCUAUCUAUCUAUCUAUGUCUCUGGUCAUAUCUAUCUAUCUAUCUAUCUAUGUCUCUGGUCAUAUCUAUCUAUCUAUCUAUCUAUCUAUGUCUCUGGUCAUAUCUAUCUAUCUAUCUAUCUAUCUAUCUAUCUAUCUAUCUAUGUCUCUGGUCAUAUCUAUCUAUCUAUCUAUCUAUGUCUCUGGUCAUAUCUAUCUAUCUAUCUAUGUCUCUGGUCAUAUCUAUCUAUCUAUCUAUCUAUCUAUGUCUCUGGUCAUAUCUAUCUAUCUAUCUAUCUAUGUCUCUGGUCAUAUCUAUCUAUCUAUCUAUCUAUGUCUCUGGUCAUAUCUAUCUAUCUAUCUAUGUCUCUGGUCAUAUCUAUCUAUCUAUCUAUGUCUCUGGUCAUAUCUAUCUAUCUAUCUAUGUCUCUGGUCAUAUCUAUCUAUCUAUCUAUGUCUCUGGUCAUAUCUAUCUAUCUAUCUAUCUAUGUCUCUGGUCAUAUCUAUCUAUCUAUCUAUGUCUCUGGUCAUAUCUAUCUAUCUCUAUCUAUCUAUGUCUCUGGUCAUAUCUAUCUAUCUAUCUAUCUAUGUCUCUGGUCAUCACCCUAUCUAUCUAUCUAUCUAUCUAUGUCUCUAUGUCUCUAUCUAUCUAUCUAUCUAUAUCUAUGUCUCUGGUCAUAUCUAUCUAUCUAUCUAUGUCUCUGGUCAUUAUCUAUGUCUCUAUCUAUCAUAUCUAUCUAUCCUAUCUAUCUAUGUCUCUGGUCAUAUUCUAUCUAUCUAUCUAUCUAUCUAUCUAUAUGUCUCUGGUCUAUCUAUCUAUCUAUCUAUCUAUCUAUGUCUCUGGUCAUAUCUAUCUAUCUAUCUAUCUAUGUCUCUGGUCAUAUCUCUGUAUUCAUCUAUCUAUCUAUGUCAUAUCUAUCUAUCUAUCUAUCUAUCUAUGUCUCUGGUCAUAUCUAUCUAUCUAUCUAUCUAUGUCUCUGGUCUCUGGUCAUAUCUAUCUAUCUAUCUAUCUAUCUAUCUAUCUAUGUCUCUGGUCAUAUCUAUCUAUCUAUCUAUCUAUCUAUCUAUCUAUCUAUCUAUCUAUGUCUCUGGUCAUAUCUAUCUAUCUAUCUAUCUAUCUAUCUAUCUAUCUAUCUAUCUAUCUAUGUCUCUGUUAUCUAUCUAUAUCUAUGUGGUCCAUCUAUCUAUCUAUGUGUCUAUGUCUCUGAGUUAAUCUAUCUAUCGUGUCUGUGUGUAUAUUUCUCUGGUCAUGUAUGUAUAUCUAUGUUCUGGUCAUAUUCCAUCUAUCUAUCUAUCUAUCUAUGUCUCUAUCUAUCUCUAUCUAUCUAUGACUUAAAUGUUUCAUAUCAUCUAUGUCUCUGUUCUAUCAUAUCCUAUCUAUCUAUGUCUCUGUCCCAAGUAUCUAUCUAUCUAUCUAUCUAUCUAUCUAUUAUGAAGAGCCCUCUGUUAUCUAUCUAUGUCUCUGGUCAUAUCUAUCUAUCUAUCUAUCCUAUCUAUAUCUAUUUCUCUGCAUCUUUAGUUGCUUUUUUUUUUUUUUCCAUCCAAUUGCUCGAAUCUAUCUAUCUAUCUAUCUAUGUGAAGCCUGGUCACAUCUAUCUGUUAGAGGUAUCAUCUAUCAGAAUCUUGCAGUAG